AUGGGAGACGCAUCCAGCAUGGGAGACGCAUCCAGCAUGGGAGACGCAUCCAGCAUGGGAGACGCAUCCAGCAUGGGAGACGCAUCCAGCAUGGGAGACGCAUCCAGCAUGGGAGACGCAUCCAGCAUGGGAGACGCAUCCAGCAUGGGAGACGCAUCCAGCAUGGAAGACGCAUCCAGCAUGGGAGACGCAUCCAGCAUGGGAGACGCAUCCAGCAUGGGAGACGCAUCCAGCAUGGGAGACGCAUCCAGCAUGGGAGACGCAUCCAGCAUGGAAGACGCAUCCAGCAUGGGAGACGCAUCCAGCAUGGGAGACGCAUCCAGCAUGGGAGACGCAUCCAGCAUGGGAGACGCAUCCAGCAUGGGAGACGCAUCCAGCAUGGGAGACGCAUCCAGCAUGGAAGACGCAUCCAGCAUGGGAGACGCAUCCAGCAUGGGAGACGCAUCCAGCAUGGGAGACGCAUCCAGCAUGGGAGACGCAUCCAGCAUGGGAGACGCAUCCAGCAUGGGAGACGCAUCCAGCAUGGGAGACGCAUCCAGCAUGGAAGACGCAUCCAGCAUGGGAGACGCAUCCAGCAUGGGAGACGCAUCCAGCAUGGAAGACGCAUCCAGCAUGGGAGACGCAUCCAGCAUGGGAGACGCAUCCAGCAUGGGAGACGCAUCCAGCAUGGGAGACGCAUCCAGCAUGGGAGACGCAUCCAGCAUGGGAGACGCAUCCAGCAUGGAAGACGCAUCCAGCAUGGAAGACGCAUCCAGCAUGGGAGACGCAUCCAGCAUGGGAGACGCAUCCAGCAUGGAAGACGCAUUCAGCAUUGGAGACGCAUCCAGCAUGGGAGACGCAUCCAGCAUGGAAGACGCAUCCAGCAUGGAAGACGCAUCCAGCAUGGGAGACGCAUCCAGCAUGGGAGACGCAUCCAGCAUGGGAGACGACCGAAUGUCAAAGGCGAUCUUCUUUGGCCCUGAUCCUGGGGCGAUUAUCCCACUCGCCACCCGUAACGCCGUCUCUGCAAGCUAUCAAAUGUUGGACCACCGAGCUCUGUUUCAUGGAGUUUGA